AAGAUCCGACGACUGAGUCGAUCGAUCUCGAAAGGCCAAAGGUGUGGAGGAUGGUCCCAUAUAUAUUAGUGCAUGCUCUUGUCCGUUUUCAUAACCUGUCUUAUUCUUCCUUCUUUAUCUCUUUACAUUCCCAACUCCUCCUCUGUCUCCAUCUCUCUCGAUCUCUCUCUAAUAUGGAACCUCAGUGCCUGAGACUCCUUAUCUUCGGCCUUGCAUUCUCUCUCAUGACAUUGCUUCAAAAUCCAGUGCAUGCUUCAACUGAUCCCUGCGAUUUUCCGGCAAUCUUCAACUUUGGUGAUUCGAAUUCCGACACCGGAGGUUUAUCAGCAGCAUUUGGACAAGCCUCUUCCCCUCAUGGAGAGUCCUACUUCCACGGCCCAGCGGGCCGGUAUUGUGAUGGCCGUCUCCUCAUUGAUUUCAUGGCUGAGAGCUUGGGAUUACCAUAUUUGAAUGCUUACCUUGAUGCUGUUGGAUCCAACUUCAGUCAUGGGGCAAACUUUGCGACUGCUGGUUCCACCAUUAGGCCACAGAAUACAACCCUUCAUCAAAGUGGAUUUAGUCCCUUCUCUUUCAAUGUUCAGUGGUAUCAAUUCCACGACUUCCAUAAUAGGUCCCAAAUUUUCCGCAGCAAAGGGAUUUUCCAGGAUUUAUUGCCCAAGGCGGAAGAUUUCUCUCGUGCUUUAUAUACGUUUGAUAUCGGUCAAAACGAUUUGACGGCAGGUUACUUCCUUAACAUGUCUACCCAUGAAGUCGAAGCAUAUGUUCCUGAUGUCUUGGAUCAGUUUAAAGCCGUCGUGAAGUAUAUAUACGGCGAAGGAGGGAGGUCAUUUUGGAUACAUAAUACCGGUCCGGUUGGUUGUUUGCCCUACAUCUUGGAUCGUUUCAAAAUCACGGCUGCACAAGUAGACAAGGCUGGAUGUGCAACUCCGUUCAAUGACGUGGCUCAGUAUUUCAAUCGUAAAUUAAAACAAGUGGUGGUCCAACUUCGAAAGGAUCUUCCCUUGGCCGCACUCACCUAUGUUGAUGUUUACUCCCUCAAGUACUCUCUCUAUACCCAACCAAGGAAGCAUGGAUUUGCGGAAUCUCUGAGAGCUUGUUGUGGGCAUGGUGGGAAGUAUAACUACAACAUGCAUGUGGGUUGUGGGGGAAUGAAGACGGUGCAUGGUAGACAAGUUGUUGUGGGGAAGCCGUGCCAAAAUCCAUCUGCUUGGAUCAACUGGGAUGGUGUCCACUACACUCAGGCAGCUAACAAAUGGCUUUUUGAUCAAAUCGUAGGUGGUUCAUUUUCGGAUCCACCCGUUCCAUUGAAAUUCGCUUGCCAUACACAUCAUCAAUCCCACUGAAACUGAAUAUAUCAUCUUCAAUCAUGUUUUCCUACAACAACAUCUUAAUUUGUUUCUUCACUUUCCCUGUUUUCCUCAUUUCAAAUGGGAUCAAUUUAAACGUUUCCUUAAUUUUCGGUCCAAGUCUCUUUUUUCAUCA